AUGGCAGAAGAACCCAGAAUAGAACGUCUAAGCUCUACUUCUGAGGCUUCUAACAUCUCAGCCGCCUCGGAUGGCCCACCACCAACACAAAAAGAUGGCCCUGAAAAUCUUGACCAAAAACUGAAGAUGAAAUUAAAAGAGAAAAUUGUCAUCGAUGAUUCUGAUGAUGAUGGUACUCAACAACCACCGCCACCACCAUCCGUCAGAUCCUCGUCGUCACCAUCACCAAGUUCUCGGCUCCGACUUGAUCUGAAGCUUUGCAACGACGACCCUGCUCGUGGGUCAGGGUCGUCAUCAUCGAGGCUUGAACUCAGCCUGUUCAACCCUUCCAACACAGGUUCUUCCAACCCAGGCUCAUCAAACCCGGUCUCAAAGUACUCUCAACCCAACGAAACCAUAGACGAAAACCCACGUGGCAGUGAUGACAAAAGAUCUCAACCUAGGGUUUUCACAUGCAACUUUUGCAAGAGGGAGUUCUCUACUUCCCAAGCAUUGGGAGGGCAUCAAAACGCUCACAAACAAGAGCGUGCCUUGGCCAAAAGGCGGCAAGGAGGACUUGAAAAUAUGGGAGGUGUCUUGGGACAUUCACCAUUUUCUUAUUACAACCCAUAUUCAAGUCUCUCAUCACCCUCUCUCUAUGGAUCUUUCAAUAGAUCUCUUGGGGUUAGGAUGGAUUCCAUGAUUCACAAACCCUCUUAUCCAUGGUCCUCAAACCCCAACUUCGGGCGGUUUGGCCAUGGUUCUGGGGCAUGGUCAUCUAGGGCUGGAGGCCUCGUUAACUUCCAAUCCACUAUUGAUAGACUCAACCUGGAGAGCCUUCAUGCUAAUGCUCCCAGUGGAAUAUUAGGGCUUCCAGGAACUAGCAGCGCUCAAAGGUUUGAUCAGGAAAUUGGUGCUGUUCGCAACUUUGGUGGUUCGAGUUCAAAUUUUGGAAUAAACAGGCCAAUCCUUAGUGAUCUUAUCCGCCACGAGCCUCCAACAUCCGAUACCGAUGCUGCUGGCCUAGAUCUGUCUCUUAAGCUUUAG